UCCAAUAAUAUCCAAGAAGAAAGUACAAUGCGAAGAAGAGAAGUGCAAUCAGAGUGGUAGGGAUGGAUACGGAUACUUCAAUCGGACUCCUCUCUCUCUCUCUCUCUUCACUUUUUCAGUAAUUCGCAAGGAACCCGCGCUUAAUUAAAGAAAGGGAAGCCCGAAGAGCAGAGAGAUUCAGAUUCCAGGAAAAGGAGGGAUUUUUAUCAGCUUGUCGUGAUGCGCAAGAGCAAGUUCAAGACCUCCCUGAAAUCUCUGGAGGCCGACAUCCGGAGAGCCAACACCCUGGCUUCGGGUUACCCGAGAGAAGAGGAUGGUGCAUAUAUUCAAAUGAGAUUGUCAUAUAAUCUGGUUGCAGGUUUAUUCCCUUCCUUUGUGCAAAAGACGGAUACUCAACUGACCGGUGCACUUGGUCUGAUUAGAGUGCUUAUUUACAAGGUGUUUGUUGAUGGCAAAACUACAGUGUACGUUCACGAGAGGAAAGCCAGUAUCAAGCAAUUUUAUGGUAUGUAUGUAUGUUUUAGCUACUAUUCCAUGUCAAUGCCAAUAUCUACACAGUUGUGUAAAUAUUUGUCGGUUUAUUUGGUUCAUUAUAUAUAUAUAUAUAUAUAUAUCUUAAAAUUCGCUGUCCAAGUGGGCAUUCCUAAUCUUAGUUAUUACCUCGGUUCCUGCCAAAUGGCUAAAGGCAUUAUCUUCCCCUCUCUAAUGCAACUCCAAGGAGGUCUCACUACUUCGGAACAAAGAAAACAGAGGGAAAUGUAUUUAAAGAAAUAUAGGAAAGUUGAUGAAACAGAGGAAAAUAAACUUUCUGAAGUUGAUAUGAAGCGUGAGAAAGAGUGUGGGAUUUGCAUGGAGCCAAAAGCUAAGAUUGCCUUGCCCACAUGCAUGCACACAAUGUGUAUGAAAUGCUACCAAGACUGGCAGUCCCGAUCUCGAUCUUGCCCAUUCUGUCGGAUUGACUUACAGAUAGUGAGGCCAUCUGAUCUGUGGAUAUACAUUGACAAGCAUGAUGCUGUUGACAUGGCAAUGAUCACCAAACAGAACACAAACAGAUUGUUUGUGUUUACAGACAAGUUGCCUCUCAUUGUUCCUGAUCCUAUUCUGUUAUCACACAAUUCUCAUGCCAGAUGAUCAUUUUCAUAGGGGUUUUUUUUUUUUUUUAAUUAUAUGAUUGAUUACUUCUUGUGAAGGCUUGAUAAUGGAUGUGUCAAACUAUUCAAGCAAGUCAGCUAUUUUACGGUGGGCCUCAAA